AUGAACCCCACCCAUCUGCUGGUGCGCCGCGACAAUGAUGCGAAUGAAUCGACGCUCACGCCUACCAUGGUCAACCUCUUGAUCGCGCUGCUGGUCCUGGUCGGAGUCGCGCUCAUUUCCGUCGUCGCGCUCUUCUGGCUGCGCCGCGCGCGCAACCAGAAGAAGAAGUCGGAGCUGCCCAUGUACAACGAGGAACGCCCCACGUCGCGCGUGUCGUCGCAUCACCGCAGUCUGACCAUCACCACGGCGCCUCCGUACAGCAACCGCGGCUCCGCUGUGUAUGUCUACAACGAGAAGGAGACGUUUAUGAACGAGCAACGCAGCCCCGACAGCCCGGUGCCCGAGAUCCGCAUCACGUUCCCCGAGGAAGUCGACGACAAGGGCAACAAGCAGUCCGGAAAGGUUGUUGUGGUCCGCGUUGGCGACCACAGCGUGGGUCUCGAGCCGCUGCACGAAGAGCAGCUCCCGCCCUACCAGAAGGACGAAAAUGACCGCUUCCAGUCUCUUGAUCUCGAGCGCAUUGGUGGCCUUAAGGAGAAAACCAACGAGAAGAACGAGUACUCGAUCUAG